CCGGCUGGGGCAGUGCGGAGCGGGGAGGCCCAGCCCCGCGCCGGGCGGGCCCGCCGGGGUAUCCACGGCAACGCGCCGCCCGGCGACACGGGGCCUCGCAUCACGCCGGCGGGAGCAGGGAGCGGUGCCGGUGGGGCUGCCAUGGCGGUCAGCGCCGGGCGAGUUCCCAGUCAGCCGGCGGCCGAGGCUGGAGAGGCGAGGUAUGUGGGAGAGUUCUACAUGGACCACCGCCAUGGAAAGGGAAUUUGUUACUGGCCUGAUGGUUCCAAAUUCACAGGAGCUUUUUAUCUUGGCCGUAUAGAAGGCUAUGGGACCCUGGAAUGGAAGGAUGGCAGAAAAUUUCAGGGGCUGUACAAAUCUGAUGAGCGAUUUGGACCAGGGAUUGAGAGCUAUCCAGAUGGCUGUCAGGAUGUUGGCUUGUGGCUCAGGGAUCAUCUAAUUAAACUAUGUACUGAAGUACCUGGUUGGUUUUCUCUCUUGGAUUAUCCAGCACACUGCAGAUACAUUGAUGACAAUUCUCAAAAGAAAUACAUUUCAGUUGAGGAAGACCCAUUUCUCUAUAGCUAUAAGCAUCUCCCUUUUGAUGAUAAGGAUAUUUUCCCUGAAGGAGUCUUUGCAUAUUCUUGUAACACAGAUCAUCUUACUUUGACUCGAUCCGUCCUGGAAGAGUGUGAUGCUUGGUAUUUUCAGAACACCUCAAAGCUGCCUGAGGAAGACCCUUGGCCUGUUGCAAAUGUAACCCCUCUACUGGUUAGAAUGCAGACUCAUGUUUAUAAGCACAGGCGCUGUCAAAUGGAGUUCACUUCAGAUGUCAGCCUCAUUCUUAGUGGAGCCCGCAGUAUUUAUGGGCCUCCAGGCCCCAGGGAACUUGCCUCAGAGCAGCUAAUUCAGAAGGCAGCAAGAGGAGACUAUGAUGGGGUCUAUGCAAUUCUGAGGAAUGGGCUUGCUCAUCCAGACAUAGCUGACAAACAUGGAUACACAGCACUUGCUGCUGCUGCUGUUCAUUCCCACAGUGACAUUGUCGAUCUUCUUCUUGAUAGUGGAGCUGAUGUGAAUAAGUGUAGUGAUGAAGGAUUAUCUGCUCUCUCAAUGUGCUUUAUUCUAUUUUAUCCCGAAGAAUCUUUUAAGGAUAAUAUUGCUGAGAGGAGCUUACACAGUUCCAAGUGGAAUGAACAAUCAGAAUCCUCAGAAACAGUCAAUGUGGCUGAAGGCAUAAUCUCAGAACGACAGAAGAGAUGGGAAACAAUCCAACUGCUGCUUCGUCGAGGUGCAGAUCCCAAUGCAUCAUGGGUCACACCACACCUUCUAUUCUUUGCUGUUAAAGCCGCAGAUGCAGAAGCAGUGAAACUCCUCUUAGAAAGGGGAGCCAGGACUGACGUACAGCUUCCAUCCAAGUUAGGGGGGUUAACUCCUCUCCACAUAGCUGCCUCAAUUCCUGGGGAGGAAGGGGUCCAGAUAACACAAUACCUCCUGCAUUCUGCCCCAGAUCUUAAUGCAAGGGCAGAAGAUGGAAAUAAGGUAUAUGGUCCCGACCAGAUUCCUCAGCCUCCAUCCAGAGAAGCCAACUUGACAGGUGGUGUCACUUUGCAAUUGAAAAAUGAAGAAGGACCACCACAAGAGUACUUUUCAUUCCAUAGCAGUCCUGUCCCUGAAGAAGGUGGAAGGAGUGCAUUGCAUAUUGCAUGCGCAAGAGAGGAUGACAGUGAGCAUGCCAGGGAUGUUAUCCGCCUCCUUUUAAUGCAUCAGGCAAAUCCAAAUACCUUGUGGAGUGGCCAUUCACCACUUUCCUUAGCGAUUGCCAGUGGGAAUGACUUGGCAGUGGUUGAACUACUCAAACAUGGGGCUGACCCAAAUCUGCCAUUAAGUGGAGCGAUAAGUGCCCUCUGUGCAGCUGUCAGUACAGAGUAUGAACAUCAGAGAACUACAGCACAGAGGAUUGCUUUGGUUGAUAAGCUGCUUGAAGCUGGCGCAGAUAUCCUUGCACCAGUUACUCUUAGGGAAGGACAGAGAAAAGCUGUGGGAACAGCUGUUGACUAUGCUUAUUAUAAAUAUUAUCAGGAUAGGAGAAUUGCUCACACAUCAUACCACAUACUGUCAGCAUCUGAGCAGGAAGUUUUUCAAACACGCCAAUCACUGCUGGAACAUAUUACAGCAAAGCUCCGUGAGCGUGUCAUCCUGAAAGAGAAAGAGUGGGAUCAAGAAGAGCUGAGAAGAUUCAAGAAAUUGGGUUCAGCCGUUCAUACACGUGUUUCAAAGAAGAAAGGAGGGAGCUGUCAUGUGGAAGAAGUGAGACUGCCAUUCUUUAAAUACUGCUAUCAGUGUGGGCGUUCAGUCGGUGUUCAGCUAUCACCAUGCAUGCGGUGUCAUGAAGUCUUCACUUGCAGUGAGACUUGCAGAAGGAGAUCCUGGAAUGAGCGGCAUAGGCAAGAGUGCUCAGGAUUGCUGGAGAAGAGUACAGGUCAAGCAGCUCUGGAUGCAAGCAGUGAAGGAUGCAAAAAGAAUGUCACUGAUGAAAAGGGGGAAAAUGAAAGAGAAGGGAAAAAUGAAAGGAGAGGUGGAGGAAAGACUGAAGUUGGGAUUGGUGGAAGAGAACAUCACAGGAAGAAUGACUGACUUGUUUCAAGUUACUCCUACUACUGUGUGGACAAAUUCUAAUACUCUUUCUGCCUUGUGCUCCACUUCUACUAAGGUUAAAAGUGAUCUAAUUUUACAUGUUUUGAGAAACUAAAGCCAAAACAUCUUUCUAAGGUACCACAUACGCGCUUAAGAAAAGUAAUGCUAUCAAAAACCAGGGUGUGUGGGUAUAUGCAGGUUAUGUUUUUAAAUAAAUAUUUGCAAUUAGAAAUAUGGUGAACUUCAUAUUGGUUUUAAUGGUCUAAUGAUAUCUAUCUAUCUAUCUAUCUAUCUAUCUAUCUAUCUAUCUAUCUAUCUAUUUUAAAAACCAGUAUUGCCCAUUAUUAAACUUCAUUACAAAUAUUCCCUCCUGUAGGGAACAGAGGGCCCAUUAGGCAACUGGACUUGCUCUCUAGGGAGGUUUGUUGCUUUAUGGGGGUGUUGGAAGUGUGGGAGAAGCAAAACAGCGAAGAAACUGCAAAAUACACAUUUCCUUAACACAUGGUGCCCAGAACAAACACAGGACAGGAUGAAGAUCUGGUGAUUUGUGUUGUCAUAGCACCAAGGAGGAAUGUGAAGCAAGGUGGAGGCUGCGUAUUCUUGUUCCACUUUUCUCAAGAAAUGUUUUGACACACCUAUAUAGAUUUAUCUCCUGCUCUUCCCCUUUUCCCAAGGGAUGUUUUGCACCACUCUGCAGACCCUAUCUCCCGUGCUUCCUCUUUUCCCACAACUGCCUACUUUUCCCACAGCAACUGCGUGCAUUUCCCACAACAACUGUAGCAAGAAAUGUGCUGUCUCAUUACUCAAAAACCCAAUGGAUUGACCACAGUCCCACCCACUCACACACACACAUCUAGAUAACUACUACCCCAAGUUUGUAUUCAACUCAGGGACGAUAAUCCGACACCAAAUUGGAAGCACAGAUCGAUUGGUUUGUGCUCCUCUCCUGCUCCCAGGAGGGACGUUUUUUGGUAAGAUUUAUGCCCUCAGCUAUGCUGAGUGAUUACCUGGGAAUUAAGUGUGUGAUUGCAAUCAUUUUUGUGUGUAGGGCUAUAUAGCCAACCUGUAGUUUGUGAAUUUAUCGUCGGCAAUCUCAAAGAAUCUGUAAAAGUUGCAUAAGAAUAAACUGUACUGUUCGUA